AUAGUCAUAUUAGGUAGGUACAAAAACUUACCUAAUUUUUAAAACUUUUUUCACAACUAUUAUUUAUUCUAAAACUUUCAUAAUAAUAAUUGUAAUGAUAUGAUGCAUUAAUAAUCCAAUUAUAAAUAACCAUGUAAAUGAGGAGUCGACAUUCGUAGCUUAGAUAUAAGUUAAAAUUAAUUUCAUCUAGCGCGCUGUACUUCAUUGUUUGCUUCAAUAUAAGUAGGUAUAUGGCGGCAACGUACACACUCCUUUAAAAGUCAUGAAACAAUUUGGAAAUGCUAACGCAUUUUACGCAGUGGAUAUUAUAACAAUGACCAUUGUGCCUGCCGACCGCUUAUAGUAGAGGUCUUUUCAAAAAAUCUGUAAAGAAGACGGCUUUUUUUGAAAACUAUUAUACACUUAUGGUAAAUUUAGUUUUACAAAUUUAUACAUUAUAGGUACUUCACUAACUAAUUAACUGAUUAGUGCACUAAUUUUCACUUCUUUGGUUAUUGUUAUUGGGUUACUUGUUAAUUAUUAUUAGCGAUGAUCUCAUAUGUUUCAAUAUUCAGAUAAUCAGACCAUUUUUUCAAUGGACAUUGACACGAAUUCCUACCAGUUGGCAGUUCCGAUGCAAUCGCGGUGGUUAAGCAAAGUAUGGGUAUGCGUAUGUUGAUGACGACGUACACACUCCUUUAUAAGCCAUAAACAAAUUUCGAAAUGCUGACGUAUUUUAAACAGUAAAAUAAUAUAGUCUGCGUAUAACGAUGACCGCUACGCCUGCCGAGUAGCAGUUGUUGCGGGUGCAACAAGUGUGCAAAUAAUAUAAUAAUUGUACACGCAACGCGGAAUAGCUGGGCUCACACGUCAUAUAAUGUUGUCAUUGUUAUUUGUAUUGUUCAAUUCUGUAUACAUAUAAUAAUAAUUGACUCUAGUGAGUUAUCUAAUGUUAUUUAAAUAUCACGUACAAUACGAUAUAACUUAUCGCACGCCGCUGGAUCGGCUGGGCGUAACAUAAUAUUGACACGGCCGCUGCAAUCGUUAGUCUCGGACGGUACAUUGUCGCACUAGACCACCGCAAAAAUUGUAUUGUUUGUUGUGUUCAAAUUGCAUUGUUAUACUUUGUGUGAGCCAUAAGAGCUAACAGUGUCAUAAUUUUGUAUUCUAUGUAAGCGCGAACCGCCCCCUGUCAGCGUGUGCGAAAUAUAUUGCUCAUAAUCAUAUUUUUUUAUCGAUUGUCUGUGAAUCGCCGCUAAUAUUAUUUUUGGUUUAUUGUUGUACGUAUACACCCACUUACAUUGUACAGGUGUUAUGUCCAUAAAAGAGAUGGAUUCCGUAAAACAUGUUAUACCAUUGACAGGUGGCCAAAACAAUGUUCUGAAAUUCAGCGGAUGUAAACCUACAAUAUAUACUAACAGCUGUCAUACACACAGUUUCUUUGAAGUCCUUCAAUGUUUACGAAAAGAAGAAGUGUUAUAUGAUAUUAAGCUAGAAACAGAUGAUGGAGUAAUAGUUUGUGCGCAUAAAGUUGUUUUAGUUUCAGCUUGUCCAUAUUUCCGUGAAAUGUUCACCAGUUCUGCUGUAGGAGAUAAAUAUGUUGUAAAUAUAAAAGAUAUAGAUUCUAACAUUUUACAACUGCUGAUUGAUUUUAUUUAUACUGGCCAAAUAAUGGUGACCGAACAAAACGUAAUGGUGGGUAUAUAAUUCCUUUAAUUAUUUAAUAUUUUAAUAGCCAUAGGUCAAUAAAAGGAUGUGUCGAUGAAUCUACAGCACAAUAUGGAUCUUUAUUUGGUGUUUUCGGUAUACCUACCAUGGGUAGUAUAAAAAAAAAAGAUGGGCUCGUGGGUAUUUAUCUGCUUUACGAAUGAGGAGUCGUGUGGGCCAUUAUUAGUAUUAGUAUUAGUAUUUAUUUUAUUCAACUAUACAUAUAUUAUAUAUAAAUAUACAAAGCAUUUACAUAUAUUUUUUUUUUUUGAUACCUACUCUCUAUAAGCAAAGCUUGUGUUUAGAGUAGGGAGUUUAAGUAACUAAAAUAAAACAAUUUAUUGUUCAAUUAACAAUUAUAUAA